ACUACUGCUCCUACAACAACUACUGCUGAUACUACGUCAACUACUGCUCCUACAACAACUACUGCUCCUACAAAAACUACUGCUGAUACUACGUCAACUACUGCUCCUACAACAACUACUGCUCCUACAACAACUACUGCUCCUACAACAACUACUGCUCCUACAACAACUACUGCUCCUACAACAACUACUGCUCCUACAACAACUACUGCUGAUACUACGUCAACUACUGCUCCUACAACAACUACUGCUCCUACAACAACUACUGCUCCUACAACAACUACUGCUGAUACUACGUCAACUACUGCUCCUACAACAACUACUGCUCCUACAACAACUACUGCUGAUACUACGUCAACUACUGCUCCUACAACAACUACUGCUGAUACUACGACAACUACUGCUCCUACAACAACUACUGCUGAUACUACGUCAACUACUGCUCCUACAACAACUACUGCUCCUACAACAACUACUGCUCCUACAACAACUACUGCUGAUACUACGUCAACUACUGCUCCUACAACAACUACUGCUCCUACAACAACUACUGCUGAUACUACGUCAACUACUGCUCCUACAACAACUACUGCUCCUACAACAACUACUGCUGAUACUACGACAACUACUGCUCCUACAACAACUACUGCUCCUACAACAACUACUGCUGAUACUACUACAACAACUACUGCUCCUACAACAACUACUGCUACUACGACAACUACUGCUCCUACAACAACUACUGCUGAUACUACAACAACUACUGCUCCUACAACAACUACUGCUCCUACAACAACUACUGCUGAUACUACGUCAACUACUGCUCCUACAACAACUACUGCUCCUACAACAACUACUGCUCCUACAACAACUACAACUACUGCUCCUACAACAACUACUGCUGACACUACGACAACUACUGCUCCUACAACAACUACUGCUGAUACUACGACAACUACUGCUCCUACAACAACUACUGCUCCUACAACAACUACUGCUCCUACAACAACUACUGCUCCUACAACAACUACUGCUCCUACAACAACUACUGCUCCUACAACAACUACUGCUCCUACAACAACUACUGCUGAUACUACGUCAACUACUGCUCCUACAACAACUACUGCUCCUACAACAACUACUGCUGAUACUACGACAACUACUGCUCCUACAACAACUACUGCUCCUACAACA